GAGCAGGAGCCGCAGGCCGGGAAGCGUUGAGGUUCGGGUCGCCUCGGCUGGGCGGGGGAGCAAAAGGGGCGGGGCGGGAGGCCCCCCCACCGAGUGCGGGGGUCGCGCUUCCGGACUCGGAGCCUUCGGGACGUUCCGCUUCUGUCUCCACCCCCCGCUCUCCUCCGGGCCAUGGAGUUUCCGGACCUCGGGGCGCACUGUUCGGAGCCUAGCUGUCAGCGCUUGGAUUUCCUGCCGCUCAAGUGCGAUGCCUGCUCCGGCAUCUUCUGCGCAGACCACGUGGCCUACGCUCAGCAUCACUGUGGCUCGGCUUACCAAAAGGAUAUCCAGGUGCCUGUUUGCCCCCUUUGUAAUGUGCCUGUUCCUGUGGCCAGAGGGGAGCCCCCCGACCGAGCGGUGGGGGAGCACAUUGAUCGGGACUGUCGCUCAGACCCAGCUCAGCAGAAGCGUAAGAUCUUCACCAAUAAGUGUGAGCGUGCUGGCUGCCGGCAGCGGGAAAUGAUGAAGCUGACAUGUGAUCGCUGCGGCCGGAACUUCUGCAUCAAGCACCGGCACCCACUGGACCACGAGUGCUCUGGGGAGGGACGUGUCCCCAAUAGGGCAGGCCUCGCCGCCAUCUCCAGGGCACAAAGCCAGUCUUCCUCGGCGAGCACCAUCCCCAGCCCGAGUCGGACCGUGCCUGCCUCUACCUCGCCCAGCAGAGUCACGGCUCAGGUCCCGGCCAAGACCUCCCCACCCGCCCCGCCAGUGAUCACGCUGCAGAAUGGCCUGAGUGAGGACGAGGCUUUGCAGCGAGCCCUGGAGCUGUCAUUGGCAGAAGCAAAACCUCAGGUCCCUAGUUCUCAGGAGGAGGAAGACUUAGCCUUAGCCCAGGCACUGUCAGCCAGCGAGGCGGAAUACCGACAGCAGCAGGUAGGUGGGGGCCGCAGCUCGAAGCCGUCCAACUGCAGCCUGUGCUAGGGCCCUGGGCGCGGGGAGGGAGGCUCGGCUGAGGAGGACUGCGGCCCUCACACCUCUAGGGUACACAGGCCACGGAGGCCCCACGGCGCCAGCAGUGAGGCCCAGGCCAGACCGGGCGACCAUGGGAGGCCCCUCGGGAGAAGCUUCAGGAAGCAGAGCUGGUGGAGCGGACAGCAGAGACCCCCGGAGCCACGGGGGAUGGUGGCUAUUUACUGGUUGGGCCCACUGAGGGGGCUGGCCAGGCCGUUACCCUGGCACCCCACUUAUGGGGAGGUGCAGAGGGGGGCCGCCCCUGCCCCCCCAAGGGAAAGGGCCUGGGAA